AUGGCGUCGCUUCGAGUUCUCCCAUUCGACCCGGAAGGCAGACCUGUAGCAUUUGACACGUGGCACGACGAUCUGCAACUGUACCUACUGAGCGUUAGUCGGGACAGUGUCUCACUGUUUGACCACGUGUCCGGUGCCGCUCCAGCCCCUCCCACCACAGCUGACGUUUCGACUCGUUCCCAGUGGCUGUCUUGUGACGCUACUGCCCGCUUGGCCAUUCGCAACCACCUGCCCGCAACCGAAUGUGCUCACUUUGGCGAGCACAGGACAGCACAGGCCUUGUACGACGCUGUCGUUGCUCGCUACUCCUCCCCUGCCACUGCUUCUAUUGGCAGGCUGCUACUGCCCUACCUGUUCCCUGAGCUGUCGGCUUUUGCCACAGUAGCCGACCUGGUUACCCACCUGCGCACUAGCGACGCUCGCUACCGCGCUGCCGUCCCUGCUGAGUUCCUUCCCACGAACCAGCCCCCCAUGUUCAUCACCCUCUACUUCAUUGUCACUCGCCUCCCUGACUCCCUUCGCUCUGUCAGGGACCACUUCCUCACCCUCGACCCCACCUCCCUCGCUGUUGACCUCCUCGAGCAGCAUCUCCUCGCAGCUGAGACUAGUGCAGUUGCUGUAGGUGCUGCUCGUGGCACUCCGCGCUCACCCUUCUUUGAGGGGUGCUCCCCCUCCCCCCUUUCCUCCUCCUUCGCCUCUGCUGCUGCUGCAGACGUCUCUGCUCCUGAGGACGUCGGUGCUGCUUCGACUAGUACGGAGCGCCGCAACAGCAAGGGCAAGGGUGGCCGGGGUAGUGGAGGAGGCAGCGGUGGUGGUGGAGGUGGCAGUGGGAGUGGUAGUGGGGGCAGCAGUAGAGGAGGCGAAGGCGGUGGAGGUGGUGGCGGCGGUGGGACCGGUGGCGGAGGUGGAGGCUCUGGUGGCGGCGGUGGAGGCAGCGGAGGGAGUGGCGGCAGUAGAGGCGGUGGGACCAGUGGUGCUCGGUCUGGACUUCAGCGUGGAGGCUCUGGUGGUGGUCGGGGCCAGCAGCAGCAGCGUCGGAGCGAGACUCAUACGCCCCAGCAGCUCCGUGAGUGGUUGGUUCAGCGUGGGGCGGGUGAGGGUAGUGAGACCUGCCCGUAUGUCAUUCGCACGGGUGCCCGUGCGGGCCGGACAUGCGGGAGGUUUCACACUGAGCGCCGUUGCUUUGCCCGCCUUGAAGACGCCAAGCGUACUGAGUUUGGUGAUGACGUCGAGCGCCCUCGCUGGGCGGAGUUGCUUAGGUAUAGCUGCUGCUGCUCUAGGUGCUAG